AGAAGUAGAGGAGGCCGUGAGGGUGACCGUUCAUCAGCUGCAGGAGAGCGGCCGGGACCCGAGGGGAUGGAGAAAUUUAAGGCGGCCGUCCUCCUGGGAGCCGUCGGAGAUGCCCUCGGCUACCGUAAUGCCAGCCGGGAAAACAGCGCCUUAGGGACGAAGAUCCGGGAAGAACUAAAGGCCUUGGGAGGGCUGGACAAGCUGGUGAUCUCUCCCGACAAGUGGCCGGUGAGCGACAACACUGUCCUGCAUAUGACCACGGCAGAGGCUCUCACCACAGACUACUGGUGUCUGGAAGAUCUGUACCGCGAAUUGGUGAAACGCUACGUGGAGAUCGCCGAGAAGCUUCCGGGCCGCCAGUCCGACCCCGCCACGGCUGAAGGAUGCUCCCAGCUCAAGCCCGAUAACUACCUGCUCGCCUGGCACACGCCUUUCAACGAGAAGGGUUCGGGGUUUGGAGCGGCUACUAAGGCCAUGUGCAUUGGCAUGAGAUAUUGGAAGGCCGAGAGAUUGGACACCCUCAUCGAAGUGAGCAUCGAAUGCGGGCGGAUGACGCACAAUCACCCCACGGGGUUCCUGGGUUCCCUGUGCACAGCUCUGUUCGCGUCGUACGCCAUCCAAGGAAAGCCUCUGGUCCAGUGGGGAAGGGACAUGAUGAGGGAGAUGCCGAAGGCGGAAGACUACUGUAAGAGGACCAUCCGGCACAUGGCAGAGUACCAGGAGCACUGGUUUUACUUUGAAGCCAAAUGGCAGUUCUACCUGGAGGAGAGAGGGAUUGCUGAUGAGCAGGGAAAUAAAGCCAUCUUUCCGGAUAAUUACGACGCCGAGGAGAGAGACAAGACUUACAGGAAGUGGAGUUCGGAAGGCCGAGGAGGAAGGAGAGGCCACGACGCCCCGAUGAUCGCCUACGACGCACUCCUGGGGACGGGAGGCGACUGGCCAGAGCUCUGCAAUCGAGCCAUGUUUCACGGAGGCGAGAGCGGAGCGACUGGAUCAAUUGCCGGCUGCCUCUAUGGAUUGCUCUACGGCCUAAACAACGUUCCCAAAGGCCUAUACCAAGACCUGGAGCACAAGGAGAAGCUAGAAAACUUGGGCGAAGCGCUUUAUCAAGUAUCCACAGCGGAAAAGUUCGUGGGAGCUAAAAUGGCUGAUGCUGCGAUGCCCAUGGACCUCAACGUGCUGAAGAAGAAGAUCGACAGGAUGGCCACCCACCCGGGGGUCUUCGCCCUCCUCAGCAACCUGCUGUUCUACAUCACCGACCGCGAAGCCGGGUCCCCCCUGGGGCCUGCUGAGAAGGCCCGGUGUCCCCCGGGUGGAGGGGGGAGGCCGGGAGGGAGCGUGGACCCCCAGGACGGCGAGGCCCAACGGAGGCCCAGCAAGUUCCAGCUCCUGCGGUCCAAGUUCAUGAACCCUCACCGGGAGCCCGCCGGGUUCAGGACGAGGGAGGUGGGGAGGCUGAUCUUCAAGGAGAAACCCUCCCCUGUCAGAGGCCGCGUCAGGGCCACCAUCAACAAACUCCUGGAGAAGACUCGGGAGAAAGUGGGGGCGGAGCCGAAGCCCCUCUUGGCAGAGAAGCCCAGGUGGAUGAACCCCACCGGACGGGGCACCGUGAAGAACAUCCUGAAGGUGUUCCUGGCGGCCGAGGAGAAGGAAGCCAAGGAGAAGCCGGGCAUCUUGCCCAGACUGGUGGGCAAAAAGAACUCGGUCCUGUCCAAGCUGAAGGAGAAGUUCGAGCAAAGCAGUUUGCUCUGCUUGGCCGCCCCGCCUGUCCGGAAGGCCGGAGGGGACCGGCAGAAGGCGAGAGGAGUGCAGAAGAGGAAAGUCCACAAGCCGGAAAUUCGGGUGCUGCAGCUGGUGUCUCUGGCCGGCACGUGCCUGGGACGCCCGCCCGCCCGGCAGCUGGCCCCCGCGGCCGAGCCCGUGCCGGCCUUCAGCCUGGCGACGGUGGUCAGCAGCCCUUGGCGGUGGCUGGCACCCAGGGCGGGCGUCGGUCCAACGCGGGCCCUCGAGGCCCCACGGGCAUCCACGCACAAGGCUCUUGUCACAGGCCAGCCAGAGGCGGGUGACCAAGAGAAGCCAGGAGACGGAGCGCCCUGCAGCUCCUGCCCCCCAGAAGCCCCUGGUUCAGAUGUACCCACACAGGGGCCACCAGCCCGGCCUGAAAUAGCUUUUCCCAACUCGGAACCAGACCUCUUUCCCAAGCCGGACGUCCCACCUGCCAUCUGGGACGCCAGAGUUCCCCCGCUUCUUGGCCCAGACAGUGUGGGAGCUGUCUGGAGCCAAGGGUCAGGAUCGGGAGAUGGCCGCACCAUAGGACACUGUGGGAAGGCUGGCCCCCUGGCCCUGCUGUCCUGCUCAAAUGAGGCACCGGCUGUUCCCCGGGGUGCGGAAGGUGGGGAGAUUCCCCAAAUUACAAUGAGCGUCUGCGUUUCAGACGAGGACAUGGAAAUGGCGAGCCCGGGCUCAGAAAGAGAUGCCUUCUUUGCGACCCAAGAGUGUUUGCUGGAACAGAAAAUCUCGGAAGAGAUCCCACCCUUUCACUACCCCGCCUUCGGGGCUUCGCGGAAUGUCCAGCCCACCAUCGACCCCCCACAAGUCAUCAUCAGUCUCCCUGUCGUUUACCAGAUGCCACCGCCUCCGGUCAGGCCCCAAAACACAUCCAGUCUGGAAAGCAAACGUCCUCGGGGGGUGGAAGAAAAACUGGAAAAUACCCAGGGAUCCAUUCCCGGCACUCCCAGAAAUCACUGCGAAGCAGCAGCGGCGCCAGACAACCACACUCGAUGGAAAGCCCAGCCGGGCCCUCGUCCCGAACAAAACAAACCGAAGGCCCGAGAAACCCGAUGGGAUCCAGUGCCUACCCAAAUGAGUGGACUGGAUCCUGGUGCUCCAGGGAGACUUUUGGCCCCUGGGUUUCCCACUGGUCAUCCACCAGCUACGGGGAAACUGGGAAGAUCACCUCCUGAAGAGACGUUUCACAGGCCGCUGUCAACUGAGGGCCAGGAACAGGAAACCACAUCUGGGAGGAAGCAGGACACAUGUCUGGAUCUGGAGAAGGACCAGUUGCUGGCACCAGAAAGACAGGCCAAAUCGAAGUCCAGGGCCUCAGAUGAGGGGGACUUCGCAGGUCACCUGAGGGUGAAACAUGCACCAUCGACAGGCCUCACAGAGCGAGGGAACCUCAGUGGAGGCUUGGGGAAUGAAGAGGGGUGUGAUGUGUCACCCCGGAGAGCCUUCGCCGAGACGUCAAACAUGACUGAAGAAAGUGCCGGUCAUCACAUGGGUGGCUACAAAUUUCUCACUCCGAUCACCUUGGCAGGGUCUGACAGGACAGCCACCUCAGAGACGAAGCCUGAAAGCAACUUGAAGAAAGCCCUUGGUAUAGCAAUGCCUGCCACCAGGAGCCGUGACAAUAAUAUUGCCGCAGAGAUGAAUUCUGGGACCAUGUCUGAGUGCCAGGAGUCAUCCCCAGAUUACUUGGUGGCUCAUGGAAAGGGUAUUAUUGAACAGAAACCCUCUCUGAAACUCGAGGGGCAACAAUUACCUUCGUCCGUUCAGUUGGUGAGGCACAAAACCAAUAAUGCGGCAGAAAUAAGACACUUGAGUGAUGACAGGAAGAACCAGCUUUCCGUAUUAGAUCGCCCGGUGGUCCGUGACACUGGCAACCUGGAAGAUGAUACCUAUCCUAAAUGGGAGAAGAAGCUGCUUUCGUCCGCUGUAUCGCUAAAGGACAAUGACGAUUCGACAGAGGAGACCAAGUCUUUAGGGAAUUCUGAAAAAUACCAGAUUUUGGCACUGAAUCGCUCCGCUGGAGUGAAAAAUGUUUCAAAAGGGAAUUCUGAAAAACAAUCACUGCCUCCGAAUGAACUGGGGCAGAGCCAAAAACCUACCGAGGCGGCAAAGGGUCUCUUUUCUAGCACGAAGGAACACAGAAGGCCUCUAUCAGGAGUCGAGGAGAGGCAUAGAAAAGAUCUGGUCAGCAAGGACACCUGCCAUGAGCUGGACAGCGGUCCAUGGCCUGCAUCGGAUGACCGGGCAGAGCAGAAAAGCAACGUGCCCUCAACAGCGAGGAUCUCACGGAAUCCCGAGUCACAUCCGGGUCCAGCACUGAGACCCGGAACUGGUAUCACUCAAGGGGAGAAGAACAAUCCGCAACCCAGUGGAUUUUCAAAGCCCAAAUCCAGCCUUCCACGAGAAGGGAAUGUGUCAGCCAAUUUGGGAGGAGGGCAGAUCCCCCUACCCGAGGUCUCGGGGAAGCUGGUAAAACCUUCUGGACGGGAGAAUCCCGUUUGUAAGUGGCUUUCACCACGUAUUGGUGGGGAGAACAGAACCGAUUUUGCAGGGGAGACCAUCUCCUCAGGCUACUCUCAAAGAAAUCGGACGCCACUGUCAAUGGAUUUGGGGAAUCAUAAAAACAAACUUUCAGAGGUGAGGGACGUCUGUCCUGAUUUGGAGUUUUCUUUGCCCAGUGACUUGGGGGAGUCCGUAGCUAAUCCAACACAGAGGAAGAGAGGGCUGACUUCCUUUCAGAGCCAUUCGGCCCCUUCGAGCAAUACCAAAAGCCCUGGAAGUGAUCCGUCCCUGGGGAACACGGAAUCUGUGACGUCGGCACCCCAGAAUCACACCCCACCUACCAAAGAUUUGGGGAGGCCCAUCAACAGCGUUUCAGCAGCGAGAGACACCUUGGAUAAGAAGGAGCAAUAUCAAGGAUCCACUUCAAGCAACACUGAAACCCCCAGAACCAAACAGAAAGUUAUUUCAGAAAAUACAGGCAAGCACUAUGGAUUGCCAAGCAAAGAUUCAGAGAGACCGAGCCCCGUGGAAGGCACAAGAUCAUGCCAGGAAUCCGGAAAGUACAAAAUACCAUCGUCUAGUGACCUGGAGAGGUAUAAAAACAACCCAGAAGAAGAGAAAGAAAUUUGGAGUCGAACAGGCAGCAGGCUGGACGGGUCACUGCAGGUCAAAGAACACAAGAAGUUGAAAGAAUUAGCUAAAUAUAAAGCAGAAAGCUUCAGUGACCAAGAAUCUUUUGAUUUAUCCUUCAAACCGAUGGUUGUUAAGGUGAUGGAUACCUUUAAGAUUCCCAAACAAGAAUAAGACACAAAGAAGUCUCACUAGAAUUUCUGUGCAGCUAAAGAAUUACGUUAUAACCAAGGAUCGUCUCAGCAUCCUUCAUUUUAACGUGACUUAUGGGGGCCGCCUUCUGACCCCCAAACCGAGUGGAUUUUAGUAUGGAUUUUUAGAAUAUUAUAUAUUAAAUUUACGCCGAAGCCGCUGCAGGAGGGCUUUAGGUUUGAUGUCGGGGAACAUUAUGAGUCGUGAGAUGCUAGGAAGGGAUCUACAUCAAGAUGGGGAUGUGUCUUAUCUGCAUAUUAUAGAGAAGCAGCGUGGCUCAGUGGGAAAG